AUGCUGGAAGAGAGCCAAAAGCGUUUCUUCGAGAAAAUGGCCAUCAACUGUAACAAUUAUGCUGACCUGAUCCCGAUGUCGUUUGUGCUCGGUUUCUAUGUGAGUCUGGUUGUGUCUCGCUGGUGGAACCAGUACCAGAGCAUGCCAUGGUUGGACCGCCUAAUGUGCACUGUUUCCUGUCACGUCCAAGGCACAGAUGAGUAUGGCAGGAUGCUGCGGAGAACGUUGAUGCGCUAUGCCAACUUGGCCUCCAUCCUUACCUUCCGCUCAGUCAGCACCGCUGUCUACAAACGCUUUCCCACCAUGAGGCACAUGAUGGAAGCAGGUUUUAUGACCCCAGAUGAACACAAGAAGUUUGAGAGUCUGAAUUCUGCUCACAAUAAAUUCUGGGUUCCCUGUGUGUGGUUUGUCAACCUUGCAGUGAAAGCAAGACAGGAAGACCGAAUCAGUGACUAUGUGUCUCUAGCACACAUCUUCAGAGAGGUGAAUAACUUGCGCAGCCAGUGUGAGAAGCUGUACAGUUAUGACUGGAUCAGUGUCCCACUCGUUUACACACAGGUCGUCACUAUUGCAGUUUACAGCUUCUUUCUGGCCUGCCUAGUUGGUCGGCAGUUUCUCGAUCCAAGUCAGGGGUAUCCAGGCCAUGAGCUUGACCUCUACAUCCCUGUCUUCACCUUGUUGCAGUUUUUCUUUUAUGCUGGUUGGCUUAAGGUUGCUGAGCAACUGAUUAACCCUUUCGGUGAGGAUGAUGAUGACUUUGAGGCAAAUUGGCUCAUUGACAGAAAUUUCCAGGUUUCUCUCCUGGCCGUGGAUGAAAUGCAUCAGAACUUACCAGCUCUUGAGAAAGAUAAAUAUUGGAAUGACAAUGAUCCAAAGCCUCCAUACACAGCAGCAACCACUGAACACCGGAAAACCUCCUUCCUGGGCUCCACUUUCGAUAUCAG